AUGUGUAAGGAUUUGGAUUCAAUCCCCAGCACAAGGGAAAAAAGGCCUGCUAGGAACAGGACUUCUAAAAAGAAAAUAUCUACAAGGCUGUGGUACAAGGCCACUUUUGCUGGCUAUAAUCAAGGUCUAUGUCACAAAGACAGAACAGAGCUCUUCUUAAAGGCUAAAGGUAUUUAUGCCUGAGAUGAGACUGAGUUCUCUUUAAGCAACAAAUAUGCUUAUACAUAUAAAAUAAAAAACAACACGAUGACUUCUGAAAUCAAACCGAAUCAAACCAGAGUCAUUUGGGGAACUUGGGUCCAUGGAAACUGUGGCAUGGUUCGUGCCAAAUUCCAAAGCAACCUUCCUGCAAAGGUCUCUGGACACAGAAUUUGUGUGAUGCCGUGCUUUUCCCAGAUUUAA